AUGCCUGACACAGAUAAAGCUACUCCUGGGCCGUCCAGUAAUCAUCAAACUUCGUAUAAUCUCCCUCCUCCGGAGAAAUUUAGCGGUGCAAACUCACCACAACAAGCCGACCUUUGGCAGAAAUGGUUUCGCCGAUUUGAAAGGUAUCGCAUUGCUUCAGGCCUACAGAAUAAACCGCAAAUCGAGCAGGUUGGUACUMUUCUAUASUCGAUGGGGGAUUGUGCCGAUGAUAUCCUUACAACUCUCAAUAUWGAUGAAGAAAAAGCUUCCUAUGACGAAGUAAAAACCGCUCUAAACAACUACUACGAGAUUCGUCGCAACGUACUCGUCGAACGUGBCAAAUUCAACAAAAGAAUCCAAAAACCUGGAGAAUCAAUCGACUCUUUUAUACAGGAUCUCUACAGGAUCGCUGAGGACUGUGAGUAUGGAACUUUAAAAAAUGAACUUAUUCGUGAUAGAAUAAUUGUGGGAGUGCUAGACGAUGCACUUUCAGACAGACUUCAGACCAAAACAAAACUCACUCUAGAAGAAGCAGUUCAAAUGAGCCGACAAUCGGAAGCUCGAAUACAAAGUAAAGAAGUCGUUCGAGGUGCACAGUCAAGCACUAGUACUGUAAACUUUGUCAAACGUUCUACUCAAAGCAGCACUCCAAAACCCAAACAUGACACAAGUAAACAUGCUCAAGCCGGUCCAUCAUGCCCUUGGUGUGGUAGUCGUCAACGUCAUGACAGAAAAAAAUGUCCCGCUAGAAAUGCAGCUUGUUUGAAAUGCAAGAAAAGAGGUCAUUAUCAGAAUGUCUGCCGGGCACAUACACAAGGAAAUAAACCUAAUUUGCAUGAAGUUGAAGUAGAUGACUCUGACAUUCCCUUUCUAGGAGAAAUCCAGGGGGGAGGGGAUAGUUGGACUGUGCAAGUAGGCAUAAAUAACCAUGUCACACGCUGUAAGCUUGACACUGGUGCUUCUGUCUCCGUUGUUAGUGAUUCACUCACAUGGCUUAAAAAUCAACCAUUGAAUCCAGAGCAACAAACACUCAUGGGACCAGGGGGGACUCGCCUCCCAGUCACUGGAUCAUUUAUUGCUACUAUUUCGUACAGACGACGCAAAAUUGAAGAGAAAAUCUACGUCAUCAAGAAUCAAUCAUGCUCUCUCCUCAGUAGAGCAGCUUGUGUUAAUCUAGGCCUUAUUCAGCGGCUUGACACACCUGUUGAUGAAGUCACUGCUACAACUCCAAACUUCAGAGCUGAAUUUCCUCAACUGUUCACUGGUCUGGGGAAAAUGGAAACAGAAUGUCACAUAACAUUAUGUGAUGAUGUUAAGCCAUCCUGUCUAUACACAUCUCGAGGGAUUGCCCAUCCUAUACUUCCAAAGGUUAAAGCAGAAAUAGAGAGUAUGCUUAAACUUGGUGUAAUAUCUCCUGUGACAUGCCCAACCCAAUGGUGUUCAGGUAUGGUAGCUGUACCAAAACCUAAUGGUAGAUACAGAAUCUGUGUGGAUUUAACUCGCCUAAACAAAGCUGUCCAACGUGAAAUCCAUCCAAUGCCCUCUGUCGAUGAAAGCUUAGCCAAACUGGGACAGGGAAAACUGUUCAGCAAACUCGAUGCUAAUAGUGGUUUUUGGCAGUUACCACUUGACGAAGAGUCUAAACUGCUGACAACCUUUAUAACGCCCUUUGGUCGCUUCUGUUUCAAUCGUCUCCCAUUCGGGAUUAGUUCAGCUCCCGAAAUCUUCCAGCGAGUGAUGUCCAACACACUAGAAGGACUCGAAGGUGUCAUCUGUCAACUCGAUGAUGUACUUAUUCAUGGAGCUAAUCAGGCAGAACACGAUGCUAGAGUGAGAGCUGUCUUGACUCGCAUACAAGCAGCUGGCCUCACCUUAAACGAUAAAUGUGAAUUCUCAAAGAAGUCUAUCAAAUUCCUUGGUCACAUCAUUGACAGCGAUGGAGUUCAUGCUGACCCGGGUAAGACUUCAGCCAUAUCUAAAUUCCCAACACCAUCAAAUGUCACUGAAUUGCAAAGAUUCAUGGGAAUGGUAAAUCAUCUUGGCAAGUUUGUACCAGAUCUGUCCAGUACUAACGAGCCACUCCGACAACUAUUACAUAAAGAUUCAGCAUGGACCUGGGGAGUUGACCAAGAGAAAGCCUUCCAAAGAAUAAAAGAACUUCUCCAGUCCCCGACUGUACUCGCUCACUACAAUCCUACCCGUCCAACCACCAUUGCUGCAGAUGCCUCAGCAACAGGUAUCGGUGCUGUGCUACUCCAGACACAACAAGAUGGACAUCGCAGACCAAUCUGUUUUGCUUCCCGCUCUCUUAGCGAAACUGAGCAGCGUUAUGCAGUAAUCGAGAAAGAAGCACUUGCCACUACAUGGUCCUGCGAGAAGUUUGCCCAGUAUGUUACUGGUCUCCGAUUUACUGUGGAAACUGACCACAAACCACUCACUACACUCUUGAACUCAAAGGAACUUGCAAAAAUGCCUGCACGCAUACAACGGUUUCGACUUCGCCUCAUGCGAUUCAACCCUCAUGUUGUCUAUGUACCAGGAAAGAAUCAAGUAACCGCUGAUGCUUUGUCACGGGCACCUUUCGACCAAGCAGAUCUAUCAGAUGAUGAACUAUCUAAGGAAGUAGAACUAUUUGCAAUUAACACUAUUAACAUUCUACCAGCCACUCCAAACAAUCUAAAACAAAUCAGUGAAGCACAAAAAGCUGACGAAGAAUGCUCACUUAUCAGGGAAUACUGCAUGGGAGGAUGGCCUGCCUACAUGCCUCAUAGCCCUAUACUACGCCCCUACUGGGAAGGAAAAGCACACUUAUCGGUUGUCGACGACUUACUACUAUAUGAUGAUCGUCUAGUUAUCCCUCGAAGCAAAAGAAUGGAAAUCCUCGAAAAAAUACACACUGGUCAUCUUGGAAUUACCAAAUGUCGUUCACGUGCAUCUCAAUCUGUCUGGUGGCCUGGUGUACACAACAGCAUCGAGGAAAUGGUCUCUAGGUGCAAUACUUGUGCCAAGCAUCGACCAAUGCAGAGAGAACCUCUCUUAACUUCCUCAUUCCCAUCACGUCCCUGGGAGAAGAUCGGAGCUGACCUAUUUGAUCUCAAUGGUAAAACUUUCAUAGCUAUUGUUGACUACUACUCACGAUGGCUGGAAAUCAAGAAAGUUCUCAAUGAAACAUCUGAGAGCAUUAUACAGAUUCUAAAGGACGUAUUUUCAACACAUGGUAUUCCUGACAUGAUGAUUUCAGAUAAUGGUCCUCAGUUUGCAGCAGAGACAUUUCGCAACUUUGCUAAGGACUAUGGGUUCCUACACGUCACUAGCUCACCGAAGUAUCCACAGGCUAAUGGGGAGUCUGAAAGAGCUGUAGACACAGCAAAAAGAUUGCUAAAGAAGAAUGUCGACCCGAACCUUGCUCUUCUAACAUACAGAUCUACACCACUUCAGAAUGGUCUAUCGCCCUCUGAACUACUGAUGGGUCGCAGACUGAAGACACAGUUGCCUGUACUUCCAAGCACAUUAAAGCCAAAAGCUCAGGAUCUCCAAACAGUCAAACAGAAGGAAGACUACUAUAGAAGUAAGCAACAAGAAAACUUCAAUCAACACUACAGAGCAAGAAAUCUACCUCACUUACAAGAAGGAGACAAAGUAUGGAUAAGAGAUCAAAACAAAGAAGCUGAAGUUGUCUCAAAGACCCAACAUCCUAGGUCUUACCUAGUUAAAACAGAGAAAGGUGUCUUACGUCGUAACCGUUCAGCACUGGUGACUCUAAGUACUUCUACUGAUCAGCCGUCUCCUGAACCUGAACAGUCUCCUGAGCCUCAACAACCGAAACCUCAACAACCAACAGACCCAACUUUGACUACUACUCGUCAAGCCUCGACUGACAUUGCAACUUCACAACCAGUAGUUACACGCACUGGCAGGGUUGUUAAACCGCCAAACCGUUUAGACUUGUAG